UACUCGUACCAUGCUCCACUGCUCACUUUUGCGACCGUAGCAGAAUGUUCCACUUCUCCAAACAUUAACGAACCCACAACAACCUUGAAUACGACACAACACAAAGUUCACAAAAUACCCACACCAAGCACCAGGUUAUUCUAUUCCCAUACUCAGGCAUGAAGUCGAAAUUCGAGGGAACUGUCAAGAAGAAGGAAAAGAACGACAGUGUCGCUGCCAAAGCGAUCGCGGCUCUGGCUGCGGCCCGGGGUUUUACCAACGCAAAACACCAACGACGGGCCUGCCGCGUGCUCAUCGAUCUGACCGAACAGCCAGAAGCGGUGGACGCCGAGUCGAGGGACGCAGACACUACAAAACGAAACCGCCGGGAUUGCCAGUCCACCGACGGCGAARAAUCGUUGUCCUCGCCRCCGAAGUGGAACCUGGUUCCGACCUUUUCGAAUCUCAGCUCCGGCGAUGGCAACGACUACCACUACGACGAAGURCUGACAYRUGUGUCCACGGAGAARYCUGCCUCCACUCGAAUGAAAGUCCUGGAGAAAUCCCUGGACGUGCCCUACUUUUGGCACUAGAUUCAAACACGUCGAAGCGAACGCAUUGUAUACRGUGUASCCAUAGAAUACAUGAAACGAAAAAUAACUCGAMUGCAAAAUAGAACAAUAGAAAAGAC